UCCAUGCAUCAAUCAGCAGGAUCAAGAAACCUUAUGUCGCCAAAAUUAAGAGCUUGGAAAACUCAAGAUGUGAAGGAGUGCAGAGAAGCCCUGAAAAGCAUAAACUUUCAUGAUGAGUACCAUAGGACACUAAGGACAAAGCCCUAUGUUGAUUUCUACAGUAAAGUUCAAUUACUUGCAAACCAGCCUUCCAUUAAUUACAACCAUGACAAUUUUUCAGAAGUCCUCCUUGAACCUUGCCAAGAAACUAUAUUUUCCAUCGUUGAUUCAGGAACCCUUUCAAAGACACCAAAACUCAAAAACCUUAUGCUUAGUUACUUUGACAUAAGCGCGGAGGCUUCACACAUUUGCUGUAAUCUUCUCAAAAGCAUCAGCCAAGUCCUCUCUUAUUAUCAGUUCAUUCAAAGAGUUCUGGACAUUAAGGAUGGUGACUCUUUCGAAACUUUUGAAGUAGUCAUCUUUGAGCUAAACUCAUUCACCUACUCAAAUGACCCGUUUUCAAACCUUAAAACCCAUGACUUCAAGCUCAUCAAUGAUAAGCACUCGUCAGUUUUGUGCCAUCUAAAGUCAAUGAGAAAAAGAGUGGGAAGGAAAAUUAAGCUCAUGAAGUAUUUGAUGAAGACAUCUUGGUUUUGUGUCACUGCAGCUUGUGCCUUAGUGGCAAUCACAGCCAUGGUUAUAGCCACACAUACUCUGACAGCAGUAAUCUUGGGGCCAGCAAUUCUCUGCUUCCCAUUUAAGCAUCUUAAGAGGGAGCUUAGAGGCUGUAAAGUUUCAAGAAAAGGGUCUCUUGGUAAAGUUUACGAGCAGCUUGACAUAGCAGCCAAGGGGACUUACAUAUUGAAUAGAGACUUUGACACGAUGAGUAGACUUGUAGCUCGGCUUCGUGAUGAAAUUGAGCAUAACAGAGAAAUGGUGCAGUUCUGUUUGGACAGGAAAGAAGACAAAUUAUCAUUUCAGGUUGUGAAGGAGCUUAAGAAAAGUGAUGUAGGAUUCAGGAAACAAGUGGAAGAACUUGAAGAACAUGUGUACUUGUGCCUUGUAACAAUAAACCAGACAAGAGCCUUGGUCAUUAAGGAGAUGAAAAGAUCAGUAUGAUGUCAUGGAGAUCAAUGGAAAACUUCAAAAUAAUUUGAAGAAACAUUCAUUAGAAUUUGAUCAAUCCUUUUUUCUUCUGUUAAGGUAUUAUUAUUACAUAACAAAUAAAAAAAUAACAAUUGGACAUUAUAUUAUUCACAAGCUAUCAGUUAUGAUUACUUCGUAUGGAACUUGGAGUGUGACA